GCAGGCUGCAGUGUCGAUUUCCGAUAGUGGAUGAGGCGGAUUAUUGCUCCAGUCUGCUGCUGCAUCAUCUCAGCUGAUCCAGAGGAUUCCCUCUUCGGGGAAACAAACACGUCUUGAACAGCAUGGAUUUUAACGUGAAAAAACUGGCUUCCGGUGCGGGCGUCUUCUUCACCAGGGCGGUUCAGUUCACAGAAGAGAAGUUGGGCCAGGCUGAAAAGACAGAGUUAGAUCCUCACCUGGAGAAUCUGAUUGCUCGGGCUGACUGCACCAAGAACUGGACUGAAAAGAUCUUGCGACAGACAGAGGUGCUCCUGCAGCCGAAUCCAAGUGCUCGAAUAGAGGAGUUCAUCUAUGACAAGCUGGAGAAAAAGCUUCCUUCCAGAACAACCAAUGCAGAGCUGCUGGGCCAGUACAUGCUGGAUGCUUCCAAUGAAUUUGGUCAAGGGACACCAUACGGCAGCACCUUGGUCAUUGUAGGAGAAUACCAGAAAAGACUUGGAUCAGCCGAGCGAGAAUUCCUUCAAACCUCAGCCGCCACGUUCCUCACGCCAUUGCGCAACUUCUUAGAAGGAGACUGGAGGACCAUAUCAAAAGAGAGGCGACUCCUGGAGAAUCGACGGCUUGAUCUCGACAUCUGCAAGACACGCUUGAAAAAAGCCAAGCAGGCGGAGGCCAAAGCAGCAGCUGCGCCUGAUUUUCAGGAGACAAGGCCUCGAAAUUAUGUUCUUUCUGCCAGUGCUUCAGCGUUGCAGAGCGGCUGGGAGAGUUGGGAUGUGGAGCCAGAGAUUGGCUUAACAGAGCAAAGAAAGCUGCUGAGUGAGGAAGUGGACAAAGCAGAACACGAGCUUCGUGUCGCACAGACGGAGUUUGACCGCCAAGCCGAGGUCACCAGGCUGCUGCUUGAGGGCAUCAGCAGCACGCAUCUGAAUCACCAGCGUUGUCUUCAGGAUUUUGCAGAGGCUCAGGCCACCUACUAUGCCCAGUGUCAUCACUACAUGCAUGAACUUCAGAGGGAGCUCAACAAGUGUGCUAAUGCAGUCGGCACCUCCUACCAGUCUGCUGCGUGUCCUGACCCGGUCUCUGCUGCCUUCCCGACUGGACCACUCUCCCCUGGCACCACGGCGCCCGCCUCCUCCAGCAAUAAGCCCCAAACGCCGGCCAUGGAGCAAACGCAGCUCCCCAUCACCGGCACCAGAAAGGCCAAGGUCCUGUACGACUACGACGCCCACGAUUCCACCGAGCUUUCCCUGUUGGCUGACGAGCUGAUCACCGUCUACACGGUACCGGGCAUGGACCCCGAUUGGCUUUUUGGAGAACGAGGCAACGAGAAGGGGAAGGUUCCCGUCACGUAUCUUGAACUGCUGAGCUAAUGGACUUCAUUGUGUCGGCAACAUUUCCAUCUUUUCUUCAGUACACUUCCAUCCUCCACUUCUGUCUAUCUGCAACAACUCAUGGAAAAAUGGCUGCCUCUCGCUUGUUUCACCAUGACAGGAUUUACUUUCUGCUCACAUUUUUUCUAUCUUAGGAUUUGGCAGGUUAACACGUGCAGCUUUAUGUUAUUCUUCUUCUGGCUUUACUCUCCACGUCCAUGGCCACUAAGAAGGAAUAGCAAUAAAGUGGCAGAUGUAUCACAUUAAUGCACGCAAGAACUGGAACACAUUGUUAUUCACUGUACUUGUUAGUUCUUGGACUAAGACUAUGCGUGUGUAGACUUGGUGCCACCAAGUCCGACGACGAAGGAUUCUGCAUCAAAAGGUAAGAAAGAAUAUUACAGUAAUCCCUCGCCACUUGCCGCUUCAAAUUUCACGGCUUCACUCUAUCACCGUUUUUCAAAAAGAUAACCGUGCUUUUUCAUGGCUGAAUACGGCAGAUGAUGAUGUUUUUCCUCAGCAUUACAAGCAGGAUGCAAUGUGAUGAUAUGUAGUAUUCUAACUGCUCACUAGGUGUCGGUAAUGUGACGUUGAUGGAACAAUAGCCACUGCAGGAAGUACUAUGCUCCAACCAUAAUGUCUUUUUCCAUCCUUAAUCCAUCCUUUUUUUAUGCCGCUUAUCCUAACUAGGGUCACGGGCGUGCUGGGCCUAUCCCAGCUGUCUUCGGGUGAGAGGCGGGGUAUACCCUGGACUGGUGGCCAGCCAAUCACAGGGCACAUAUAGACAAACAACCAUUCACACUCACAUUCAUACCUAUGGACAAUUUGGAGUCAACAGUUAACCUAGCAUGUUUUUGGAAUGUGGGAGGAAGCGGGGUACCCGGAGAAAACCCACGCAUACACGGGGAGAACAUGCAAACUCCACACAGAGUGGAGAAUCAAACCCAGGUCUUCCUGAUCUCCUGAGUGUGGUCAUGAGAGUUGGACACAGCUAGCAAUAUUUAUUUGGGAUAUUGUGCCCUUUGUGAAAUAAUCCCAUCCUGCAAUAAAAGCCUGUUUUUAUUUUUAAUUUAGACAUUUUUAUGCUUGAAAAAUAAUUUUAUUUAUGCAGAAAAACCGUGUAAAAUGAUCUUAAAUCAGCAUAUUUUGGACUAAUAGGCCAUAUUCCACCACAAAAAACAGCAAUGAGUUAUGAUUGAACAUCUUCGAAAAACCGUGAUCAAGGUUGUCAAGACAUGACAUUGGAAGCGGGACGUGGUGAGGGAUGGCUGGACUUAGUUUUGACCUUUUAAAAAUUGAUCACCAAUGUUCUGGCUACAAUAAACUAACGUGCAGGCUAGAACUCAUUUAUGUUGGCUAAAAACUUAAGCAUCUUGUUGUUGUCCCGUUUCUUUCACUGAUAAUUUAAUUUGAUUUAAAAAUGCUGUUUUUGAAGCUGUUUGUAAAGAUAGUGACAUUGAAAAGGGUGGAUGGUUAUUGGAGGAUUGUACCAAUGAGCAGUUCCAUGCUAACGUUACAAAUGCUAAAUUUUAGUCCAACCAUGUGACCUGCAGUUUAUUGUGAUGAUGUCAUAGGAAUGAUGAUGUUGUGGAAAAUAAAGGACGUAGUGCUUGGUUGGAUUGUUCCAAUGUCUGGCGGUGUGUAAGGCAGGGGUGUUCAAAAUGCAGCUUGCGGCUCUUUUUUUGUUCCAUGGUGUGUUCUUUAAAUCAAAUGGCAUUCAUUAAUUUCUGAUCAAAACUAAAAUUAGUGGGAAAAGCCAACUUUUUGCCUUUUUUUUUUGCUAGAGUCCUACACAGUAAAGCUUGAGUUGCACGGGAAGUAUUCAGAGGCAAACUUCAAACUUGAAGUGUUCUUUCUAUUUACACACCAGCCCAUAUGCCUCCCUCACUCACGGUGCAACAAAAAUAACACACAUGGGAAGCAACCUGGAAGCUAUCCAGCAUGCCUUGCGGGUUAUACAUGAUGUAUAAAAGUGUUUUGUUUUGCAUGUACAGUAUGUUACUGUGUGUAAGCCUCUAUUUGAUACCUGCAUAGCCCGGGUGGUUACAGUGUUUUUGGUUGCACUGUGAGUGAUGGGAUUGGUUUGUGGUGGCGUAUCAAAAUACGUAUCAGAAAUUGACAAAGGACCAUGAAGAUCCCCAGACAUAAACAACAAAAAAGUCAAAUGUUAAAGUUUUAAAUGUUGAUUUAGACACUAAGAGUCCAAACUAUUUGCUUUACCAGCAAGAACAUAAAUCUAAAAUAUUAACUACUUCCUUGUUAGCAUAUCUGAUAUGGCUUUUGUGUUAUAGCUGACAAAGCAAAUGUGUGUCCUAUUUCAUAAAAAAUAAAAUUUACCGGGCCCAAAAAAAAACGAGCUGUGGGCCUAAACUAGCCCUCGGCUGCACUUUGAAGAGCCAUGGUUUAUAGCAUCAGCCAAUAUUCAUAUCAGUUUUAUGUGUGCACCCGUGUGUUUGUGUCCGUGUGUGUGUAACAAUUGGAGUUUGUGGUCACCUUGACUCACACAUUCCUGUUGCUGUCACGUUUUCUUAUGUUUGUGUUUCCAGACAUCUUAUUGUCCCAUUGUUGGCUGGCUUGCUGUGCAAUAAACUUGCAUGUGUGGAACAGUAA